AAACGGUAGCAGUGGAGCUCAGCAUCCUCUCACCUCAUCCCUUCCUUCCUCAUCUCACAAGACACCCUCCCCCCAUUGUGAGUGGCAACCCGUGGACCACGCUUUGACACGAUGGUUAAAUCCACUUUGAGCCGCUUCAAGAAUUUUGACGCCUAUGCCAAAACACUCGAUGACUUUCGAGUCAAGACCUCGACUGGUGCCGCAGUGACCCUUGCGAGUGCACUUAUUAUUCUGAUUUUGCUACUGGGCGAGUUCUUCGACUACCGGUCUAUCCACCUCGAGUCAUCCUUGAUUGUCGACAGCGGACGCAAGGAGAAGAUGUCCAUCGACUUUGAUAUCACUUUCCCUAAGAUCCCCUGCUACAUCUUGACGCUGGACGUUAUGGACGUUGCGGGGGAGCACCAAAGCGACAUUACCCAUUCGGUGUACAAAGUGCAGCUGGCGCCUGAUGGUACAGAAAUUAAACGCGAGCGGUCGCCCAACCUGGGAAACACUGGACCAGAUCCUAAGGAGGUCGGUGAGAACUACUGUGGCGCAUGUGGUGGCGCAUCACCCCCAGAGAGCGGAUGCUGUAACACUUGCGAGGAAGUCAGGCAGGCCUACGUUCGAUCAGGAUGGUCAUUCAACCACCCUGAAGGCAUUGAGCAGUGCGUUCGCGAAGGAUACAUGGAAAAGAUGAAGGAGCAGGAGAAUCAAGGAUGCCGAAUGCAUGGCCAGCUCACUGUCAAUAAGGUGGCAGGAAACUUCCAUAUUGCUCCUGGCCGCUCCUUUCAGCGCGCCACCAUGCACGUACAUGACAUCCAGCAGUAUCUCGAACACGGCCUCGACUUUUCUCAUCACAUCAAGCACCUGAGCUUUGGAGAGCUGGUGCCCAACGUGCACAACCCCUUAGAUGAUCAGACUGUGAACAACGCAGAAGGAUUAUUCAUGUUCCAGUAUUACAUCAAGGUCGUCGGUACCACAUAUCAGUACUUGAACAAGCGUCCUGUUAAAACCAAUCAGUACUCUGUCACACAGUUCAACAGGAACCUGCAUUACAAGGAUGCACUCGGCCAGGUUCACCAACCAAACGGACUGCCUGGCGUGUUCUUCAACUUUGACAUCUCACCCAUGAUGGUGGUGCAGAAGGAGGAGCGUAAAUCGUUCACGUCGUUCCUAACUGGUGUGUGUGCAAUUGUCGGAGGCAUCUUUACGGUGGCCAGUAUCAUUGAUGGAGCAAUCUGGCGGGCUGAGAGGUCAUUGAAGCGAAAGAUGGAGCUUGGUAAAGCGCUCUAGAUAUGACAUGAAAAGUUAGGAAAAUAUAAAGCUUUCAGACACACCCUACACACGCAUGCAGCGUGUUUCUGAUUCAUUUCGUUUUGUGCAACACACAAGUUACUAAAGCGGACUUCAAUGU